AUGCCCCGCAAGAUACUGGCGAUUCGGCAUGGACAAUCGGUUUGGAACGUCCUCCGAGAAAAGUAUCCCAGCGAGGAUGAACGCUACGGCGAAGAUUUGUAUGCUCCAGACUGCGACAUCACCGAGUUGGGGGCACAGCAGAGUCGUCAAGCUGGUCGGGAACUCAUGGAGCUACUCUCGGCAACAGCAAGAGAAGAAGAAACAACUAGCAUCAAUGUGCGUUUUGUAGUAUCUCCACUACGACGGGCAUUGCAGACCGCCCAAGGUAUCUUUCAGGGGGCGGCUCAGGUGGAUUCCAACUGGAAGCCUACAACUGUCAUUGUGCAGCCUCUGGCAGCCGAAAUUUUGAUGGAUUCCUGUGAUAUUGGGACCCCUGUGGCCAAUCUGAAAAAGGAGUUUCCAGCCCCUUUUGACAUGAACCUGGUCGAGCAGCAAGCCACACCAGACGGUGGUUUUUGGUGGCGAUUUCAACAAUCUCCUCAAGAAACUUGGGAGCGGAUGAAACAGAGAUUGCCCGAGGGGACUGAAUCCACCGCCCAAGCACAAGAACGAAUAGCCUCCUUACGAGAGUUUCUACGUGAAGACAAGACGUGCCAAGAAGCAGAUGUGGUGGUUGUAGUUUGCCACUCAGAAACCAUUUGGUACUUGACCAGUCGUCCAGGUGCGGACGGCGAUCGCUAUGGAACCUGGACCAAGAAUGGCGAAAUAGUGGAUUUGAAGGAACACAUUUUGGGCAAGAGCUGA